AUGCCUCUCCAAGUGGUAGCGAAGGCCAUCGAGAUUACGAAUCAGGGGAAGCAGCGCGACAUCAGUCGAGUAGCAUCACUGUCUUCACAGCGUGGCGAGCUAGCGGAUGGUAAACGGAAAAGCCGACGAGGUUUGAAGAUUGAGAACUACGCAGACCCUGUCCCCCGGCCGUUGCAGAAAUUCGAUGUUGGCGGAGUUGCGGGUCGGGGUGAUCCUCAUUUGGCAUCUGUGAGAAUUAAAGUGGCUCGUCAGAGAGAGCUUCGACAUGUUCUUGGCCCUGAAGGACUUCUAGCCAAUCAAGAAGAACUCCAACAUCACGCUCGAAUUAUCGUGGAUAGAGUUCUCACUAAACUCACAGGCACGGAUUUCAAUCAUGGACAGUACAUGUCGGUCGAGGCACAAGUCGAGCGGUUGAUAGAAGAAGCCACCUCAUAUGAAAAUCUAUCUCAGCACGGAGCUCAGCACAAGGCCUCACGUGCUGGGAACGUGCGUAAAGUACCCCCCGAGCAGUCUUACCGCACCUUACGUAAGGAUCGCAAGGAGGUGGCCAAAAAUGUCUCCUAUGAAAUCGCCUUACAUGAGGAGGCCCUCCUUGCACCUUGCAAGAGUUCACCAACUGAUACCGCGACACGUGACAUGAACCCACAAAGAGGACCCGCAGCGUGA